AUUUGAUUAGACAAACAGCACCGACACUGUUAAGAACACUACUCAGUGAAAAGGGAUCUGAAACACAAAUUAACGUUCAAACGCCGAUGCACAUUUCACUCUCGUGAAAAAAACAGAAAAUUCAAUUAAUUCAAUUUUAUUGACGAGCAUCUGAAUGGAAAUGAAUUGAUGAGGAGUUUGGUGUUUAAGGUUUUGGAGGGAUGUUGUGAUGGGUCUGUAUAAGAACAAUACUGAAUUCUUCCAGGAGAGAAGAAGCAUAGCUGGGCUUGUUUACAAGUUUUUGGAUCAAAUCAAGAACAAUUUUAGAAGCUCUCGAAGAGGAGGAAAGUUCAGUCUUUCUACAAACAGGGGAUUACUGUUUUGUGUAUUUAUACUUGCUGUCCUCUGCUUCAUCUCAUUGGCUGCUUUUGCCUUUGGGAUGCACUUCCAUGGUAAAUUGGAACACGGCAUGUUGCCUUGGAGAGAAAUGCGAGAAGAUUAUAUUGGGCAUGAUGUACCUGACCGUCCAACAAAGAAACCCCGUAGGCAGCGUUUUUUUCCUUGUGAGGUAGCUUUUAAGGACUCCGUCAAUUUGCUUAGUGAACCGAAGGACUUUUUGAAUUUCACCCAUUUUUCCUUGGGAUAUAUGGAAACAGAAAAGAAAUCUUCAUAUAUUGAUUCUCAUGAACCCAGAUUUGGUGGACAUCAGACCCUUGAAGAAAGAGAAAAAUCAUUUUUUGCUGUAAAUCAAACAAUUCAUUGUGGUUUUGUGAGUGGAGCUGAAGGGUUUCCAAGUACUGGAUUUGAUUUAAAAGAGGAGGAUAAAAAAUACAUGAGUGCGUGCAGAGUGGUCGUAUCAUCAUGUAUUUUUGGAAGCUCUGAUUUUUUACGAAGGCCAACAAGCAGAUUGAUGAGUGAGUAUUCAAGGAAGAAUGUAUGUUUUGUUAUGUUUGUUGAUGAGGAAACCCUUUCCACACUCUCAAAAGAAGGAAAUGCACCUGAUGAUGGUGGAUUUGUUGGUUUGUGGAAAUUAGUUGUCGUCAAGAACUUGCCUUACACAGAUAUGCGUAAAACUGGGAAAGUACCCAAGUUUUUGACACAUCGCCUCUUUCCUUCUUCUAGGUACUCUAUUUGGCUUGAUAGCAAACUGCGGCUCGCAACCGAUCCAAUGUUGAUAAUUGACCAUUUCUUAUGGCAAACUGGCUCUGAGUAUGCCAUCUCAAAUCAUUAUACUCGGCACUGUGUUUGGGAAGAAGUACUCCAAAAUAAGCGUCUAAAUAAGUACAAUCACACUGCUAUUGAUGAACAGUUUUCAUUUUACCAAUCUGAUGGUCUUACCAAAUUUGACCCUUCAGAUCCAAAUCUUCCUCUGCCAAGCUAUGUGCCUGAAGGUUCUUUUAUUGUCAGAGCACAUACACCAAUGUCAAAUUUGUUCUCUUGCCUCUGGUUCAACGAAGUUGACCGAUUUACUUCACGUGACCAACUAAGCUUCGCAUUUACAUUCCUAAAAUUGAAGAGAAUGAAUCCAGACAAACCAUUCUAUUUAAAUAUGUUUAAGGACUGCGAGCGUAGGUCGUUGGUCAAGUUAUUUCAUCACAGAGAGCCAUCUGUUUCACCUCCUCCAAGAAUAAGUUGAUAUUCUGACUUGAUUUGGUAAACUGGACCUCUUGCUCGACCCAUUUGAACUAACUUUCAGUUUAAGGAUGAACUGAUGCAUUCCAUUGGCGACUAGAGAUUAUAUGUUUUAGAAGGCGAUAGAACUUCUGUUGAAUAUCUUUGGUUUUGUCAUUUUUGGCCAAGAGUAUGGGGCUAACUCAUCUGCCUUUGAGCCACCAUCUUCAUGUGAUUGAGAUGCGGAGUAGGAUGCUCGUGAGGUGCUACUGCUGCUUUAAUUAUCAUAGCUGUUGGAUGUUUUUCUGAGAUUUCUUGUGGGUUCAGCGCUGAACGAGUUCUGCAGUAGCGUGUAUACAUGUAUUUAUCUCCACUGAGAGGAGUGAGGGCCAUCUCAUCUGAUAUACUUGUACAAUCUAGAUCGGGUAUACGUUUUGUACAUUGAAUAUUGUAUCUCCUCAUUUCCAGCUCACAUUGAUGAAGUUAGUCAUUUCUAGAAUUCUACGAUAUAGAGAACUUCUAUUACUUUUCAUAUAACCGAAUCAUAUAACCGAUCCCAAUGAGGCAUAAUUCUUAUUAUUUACUACAGUGUUGUAAUGAAUUGCUCUUAUAGCAUUGACAGUACAGUAAUAAUAGAGUUUCCUAUGCUUAGUUGUUUUAGCGUA